AUGCGCAGGUGCUGGAGUGCGUUUGCUUUGCGUUUACUGAGACAUUGUGAACUGUGUGUUUAGGUGAUACUCGUCUCUUCUUUUACCGAGACGAGGGAUGAACUUGGAAACUGUCCUGCUGCUCGAGACGGUCAACUUCGCCGCCGAGAAACACAAAACCCAGCGGCGCAAGGACCCCGAGGCCACCCCGUACAUCAACCACCCCAUCGGAGUCGCCAGAAUUUUAAGUUAUGAAGGUGGAAUAACAGACAUUACUGUCUUGCAGGCGGCACUGCUCCACGACACAGUGGAGGACACAGACACCAGCUUCCCCGAGCUGGAAGCUGUUUUCGGGGCCACAGUGGCGCGGAUUGUUCAGGAAGUGACGGAUGACAAGACGCUGUCCCAACAGGAGAGGAAGCGGCUGCAGGUCGAGCACGCCCCUCACUGCAGCCACCAGGCCAAGCUGGUCAAGCUGGCUGACAAGCUGUACAACCUCAGGGACCUGAACCGCUGCACCCCCGCCGGCUGGACGCCACAGCGUGUUCAGGAGUAUUUCACCUGGGCAGCACAGGUAGUGAAGGGGCUGCGGGGGACAAACACUACCUUGGAAGAGAAGCUGUACCAGCUCUUUAAAGAGCGAGGCAUUGAGACUUGACCAGCAGAGGGAGCCAGAGAAAAUCUGUCAAUCAGAACCAUGAACAGAACACACAGCUUUUCUUUCAGGUUGAUGGAGGGGGGAUAAAUACUUGGAUUUUGCUUUGGUUUAUUCAUUUAUGUGAAUAAAAAAAAUGAUUUGAUUAUGUCGUGAUGUCUGGUUUAAUUAAAGACUUGAUCAUCUAUCAUUUAGUAAGCUUCCUUGUAGUUCCUCUAAGGUAAAACAAUAAGAAUCUAACAGACCCUGAUUAACUACCUCAUGAUUCCUUAGGUAAGGAUUAGUGCUAAUUGGGGUUGUGAAACCAGUCAUAACAUGUUAAUGUUUAGAUUUGCCUUGGAAGUUGUGGGGAAUGUUUCAAGGUUCUAUAAUAACAGAUACAAAAGUCGCAAGCUAGUGGCCUGAGGUAUUCAAGUGAAGUGAUAAUGAAAUAACAGUAAAAAUUGUCUAUUUGUGUAUGCAAUAAAUUGACAAUUCAAAGGCCAUAUGAAACAGAAAUGUAUGAUCACUGGGGAAGCAAUUCACACAUCUGAGGAACUCAAAACCACACCCAGUAAUUUUGCAUGUUGCUGGUGGAGUUUAGUCUAGUGCAAAUUUCAGUUGUGUUUCAUUUAUGCCAGCUGAACACAGGCUAGUACAGGUAGUGCUGUUAGUGUCAGGGACAGCCAGAGUAAUGAAUGCCUUCUACAUCUGUCUGCUCCUCAUUUGCUGUGCUGGAGUGAAAGUUAAGGCUGCUAAUGCAAAUUAUUGACUAAAAGAGGAAACUGGUUCUUGCAUCAAAAAGUAAAUAAUAGUGAUCAGAAUAGGCAUUGCAGAUUUCAAAUGUUUAAAACAGGAAUAUUGACUUUAGAAGAUCAUUGUGCGUCUUGAACAAUAAAAGACUACACACGUUCAAGAUGGGUUACUGUGUUUUGUGAUUUAAUUGAACACUGGGUCAUGUUAUGAAGCUCAGGCACAGUGGUUAAUGUUUAAAUCACCUACCAAUUGUGUUAGAAGUUUUUAUUAUAAAGCAAUUAAAUACUACUGAAUAGAAGACUUAUCCAAAUCCUUUCUUAGGCAUUGCUCACAACCAAGUAAAAUAGUGUAUUAUAAAAUAUAUAAUAAUAUAUUGGACACCUUUGGUUCAGCAAUUUUAAUCCUAGCUUAAUUUUGCACAAAUCAAAACAUAUAUAAAAAUAAAAUUUAUUUUUCCUUUCUGGGAGAUAUUGUUAACCCCAGGAUGAAUUUAUAAGAAACGAUUACACUCUACUUUUGCAAUUAAACUAAAAUGUUUGUUUAUUUUAGGAAAAGAGUACUAUGGAGGUCCUUUGUCGGUAGAAAUCUAUGGAUUUUGUAAGUUUUUCUGCCUAUUUAGAAAACCAUUUCUUAUAGAUGUGUAGAUGAUAUUCAAUGAACAUUUUCAUGUGUAUAUAAAAAUGCUAUUUGGUAAGGGACAAUGUAAUGCUGUAGGGAACAGGACACUUCUUAUUCAAUCUUUGGAAACUUGUUGUCUUUCUGAAAGGAGACUCCACCCAUCAAGCUCAUACGUUACCAGUUUGACCAAUUAAAUAGG